UUGAAUUGAUAAUUGUUUUUCAUCAUCAUCAUAUCUUUAAAAUUCGAUCCACCAUAACAAACAAUAAUGGCAAGUAAAAUGGAUGAUUCAACACCAACACCAACAACAUCGACAACGGUGACAACGAAUACAUCGGCUACAACACCAACGAGUGAAGAUUUUUCUCUGCCACCACGUGAUCCAGAAGAAUUUGAUGAAUUAAUAUCAAAAUAUCGUAAUGCUAUAGUUAGGCUUAAUGAUCUUAAAGAUUCGAAAGAAGAAAUUGAAAUGAAAAAAUUGCUACAAGAACUAAAUAAUAAUUUAGAGAUUUAUUCAUUAAAUAAUCGAUUCAAUAGUUUUUUCGCCACCGCAUUACCAAUCAUGUUACAAUAUCUGAAUUGUGGACCAAAAAAUUAUAUUAAAGAACACAAUGAUAGCCAAAUACGACAAUUGGUUCUUGAACUGUUGACACGUUUUCCAUUAUCGGUGAUGAAAAAUUUUCUCCAACAAAUGUUUCCAGUUCUUUACACAAUAAUGGAAUCAGAUAAUGAAGAUAAUGCUUGUAUUGCAUUCCGUAUUCUGAUUGAUCUACAUAAACGUACACAAAAAUUAAAUGAUGAUGCAAAAAAAUUUCUCACAUUGAUCAAAAAAUUUACCUGUAUGUUGAUGCAAAAUUAUCAGAAAAUCUUUCAACCAUCAAAACAAUAUCAGGUUCAAAGUAUGGAAGAAUUGGAUCUUGAACCAAUAUUGCAGGAAAUAUUUGUUGCCACAUCAUUACAACCGGAUAAAUCACAUUGUUUCACAUUGUUGCCUCGUGGUAUUAAUUCUUUGAAACUAUUGAUCGAAGUACCAAUCAAUAUAAUAAUGUUAAUGCAAGUUUAUCGUAAUCAAAAUGAAGUAGAAUAUUUUGAACUAUUGCAAUUGGCCAUAAAAUUAGUGGAUAUACAACCGACAAAUGAACAGAAAAAUAAUGAAAUGUUUAAUUUGGAAAUUUAUUCAGAAUUUCUUACCGUUCAGAUCAAGUAUUUUUCAUUCAUCGCUUUUAUGGCACGAACACAGGAGGAAAAAUUUCAAACACUAAUGGUUGCUGAACAAUUGCCUGCGAUUGUAUUGAAAUUUUUUCGUAGCUUACCGGAUGAAAUGACAAGUCUACGAAAAGAUUUACUUUAUUCAACACGAUAUAUUGUCGGUACAAGAUUUCGUACAUAUUUCCUGCCAUAUAUUGAAGAAUUUUUUGAUGAAACAAUUAUUAUCGGCAAUGGAUGGGCAACACGUGAAACAUUACGUGCAUUCGCUUAUACCGUUAUCUAUGAUCUUGUUCAUCAUCUUCGUGAUUCAUUAAAAUUACGUGAAUUGAAUCUAGUCGUGAAUAUUUAUUCACGUAAUCUAUAUGAUGAUUCAUUAAGUCUUACCAAUCAUGUAAUGUCUUGCCGUUUGUUGAUCAAUAUUGCUGAUGCUUUCUGUAAAACGGGUGAAAAAGAAAAAUGCCUAACAAAUGUUCCACAGGCAUUGAUUAAGAUUCUGAAAAUUUAUGUAAACAAAGUUGCAUUGAUGGCAAAAUAUUCGAUACCGAAAAUAAAAUCAAAAUUAAACAAUUCCAACACUGCAUCAUCAACAUCAUCAUCAACAACAACAACAAAAGAAUCACCGAAUAAUGAAAAUAAAAAUAAAUCACAAAAAUCUUCCACCAGCAAUGAUGAUCCUGAUUAUAAUGAUAAUAGUGCCAAUUAUAAAUCAAAUAUUGAAUAUUUGACAUCAUCAUUCAUUGAUAAUGAUGAUUAUCGUUUACAUUAUGGCAUACCGGAAGGCCAGAAUACAUCCAUAAGUGAAUGUCGAAUGUUGGCCAGAACAUUAUUUAAUGGUCUGAAAUUGUUAUCAAUGAAAUUACAUGAUAUGAGCCAGAAUAUUCAAUGGGCAACAUAUACUGCAUCGAUACAAUCGCCUAAUAGUACUGGCCAUCCACCGAUUCGUAGUGGUUAUUGUCGGCCAAAUGAUAUUCAUAUAUUGAUACGUUUAUUUCAAAAAGGACUAAAAUUAUUGGAAAUUUUCAAUCUGAAUACAUUUCCAUAUUCACCACCACAUCAAAAUACCAGCACCAGUUUUUCAAUUCUAAUCAAUCGACAACAACAACAACAAUCGAAUGCCUCACAGAAUCAUAUUGCCCAGAAUUUUAAUGCACGUACAAAAGAAGAAAAAGAAUCUGUGGAAUUAUUCUGCAAUAUAUUCACCAUUCUGACACCGCAAACAUUUCGUGUGAUAAUUAAAUCAUCUAUCGAUUAUCUUGUCCAAUGUUUACAUGAAAAUAGUAAUCUAACACAAUUGGUACAUUAUCUACUAUCACAACAGAAUACAUCAAGAGUAUUUGCCGACAUUCUUACUGGAUAUCUGGUCGAACGUAUGGAAGUGAUGGGCAACAAUACAGAAAUGUCAAGUUUAUUUUUGAAACUUUUCAAAUCUGUAUUUGGUUCAGUGUCAUGUUUGCAUUUUGAAAAUGAACGAAUGCUUCAACCACAUCUACGUAAAUUGGUGAAUAAUUCCAUGAAAAUGGCAUUGAAUGCACAAGAACCAUACAAUUAUUUCAUGUUAUUACGUGCAUUAUUUCGUUCAAUCGGUGGCGGAUCACAUGAUCAAUUAUAUCGUGAAUUUUUGCCAAUGUUACCAUCAUUAUUACAGGGUUUAAAUAAUUUUCAAACCGGUAUUCAUCGUCAAAAUAUGAAAGAUUUGUUUGUUGAAUUAUGUUUAACGAUUCCUGUACGAUUGUCAUCAUUAUUACCAUAUUUACCGUGGUUGAUGGAUCCAUUGGUUUCAGCAUUGAAUGGUGCACCAAAUUUAAUUGCUCAAGGUCUUCGUACACUGGAACUAUGUGUGGAUAAUUUGCAGCCAGAUUUUCUUUACGCUCAUUUUCUACCUAUCCGUAUUGAAUUAAUGCAAUCAUUGUGGAAAACAUUACGUUAUCAGAAUGAUAAUAUUGCUCAGAUUUCAUUUCGUAUACUUGGAAAACUUGGCGGCACCAAUCACCGGAUGAUGAAUGAACCACAAAAAUUGGAUUAUAUUGAAUUUCGUGAUCAAUUACUAUUGAUGGAUGAAAAUAAUCGUCCAGAUAAUCAUCAGAAUCAGAAUAAUCGACAAAAUGAUUACAGUAACAUUGUUAUACCAUCACAUGGAUCAUGUGCAUAUAUGGAACUUCGAUUUGAUGAUUCCAAUGUAUCGAUACAUUUACCAGUGGAUAAAGUAAUUGAUGUUGCUUGUAAAAGUUUACGUUUACCAACAACCGAUUCAUUUUAUCGUCUACAAAGUUGGGAAGUUGUAAAAGGAUUUCUUGUGGCAAACAUUCAAAAUUUUCAUAAUAAUGUUGAAGAUUAUGAAAUACAACAAAUGCAUAAAUUAUUUUCACAUCCAUCAUUUUCCAGUGGUACAGAUUUCGGUUAUUGUAGUUCGAAUGCCAUUCUAUCAUCAUAUUCAACAAUAAGUUUUUAUAAAUUUAAUGAUGAAAAAUUACGUAAAGUUCAUGAAUCAGCAUUGAUUGCUAUGUUGACUGCAUCGGCCAUAAAAGAAUUACGACAAACAGUAUUGAAUUUUAUGGUACCAUUAGUUCGUCAUUAUAUUCUGGUUGCCAUUUGUCAACAAUCUGGUCCUAUUAAUAAUUCUGGAAGAACAGUACGAUUUUAUGGUAUGGAUCCAUUGGUUUUGAUUGAUGCAAUGACUACAGUAAUGGGCCAAGAAGAAAAAGAACUCUGUAAACCAUGUCAAUUUGUUUUACGUGUUAUCAUUGAAACAACCACUAGUGUAUUGGGCAGUAUUGAUCGUGCUUGUCAAUUACCAUUAUAUGAAUAUAUAUUGGAACGUGUUUGUGCUCUUUGUUAUGAACGUGCUUGGUUCUCAAAAUAUGGUGGCUGUGUUACUGUUCGUUAUCUAUUUGAACGUAUGUCAUUACGUUGGCUAUUUAAUCAUCAAUUUAUCAUACUAAAAGCAAUGCUUUAUGUAAUGAUGGAUCUAUCUGGUGAUCUUUCCAGUGGUGUUAUUGAAAUGGCAAAAGAUAAUAUGGAAACAAUGAUAAAAAUUUGUGGUCAACCAUUAACAGCAACAACAAAUUCACAACAACAACAACAGAAAGAUUUGGCUGAUUUACAACAAAAAUCAAUGGGUGAUGUUGUACAGGAAUUGUUACGACAAAUAACAUCAAGUAAUACAGCUGUACGUGAACAAUCAAUGUAUCUAUUGGAAUGUUAUGCCCGUAUUGCUGAUUGUACGGUAACCGAUGUUAUAAGGCCACAUAAAGAAAUGUUGGAAGAUAUGGUACCAUUUAAAAAACAAAAAUUAUUUCAACAACCAAUACAUGUACAAAUUGGCAUCCUCGAUGGUAAUACAUUCUGCAUUACAUUGGAACCACAAUUAUUCAUCAUCGAUACAACAAUACAUGAACAUCAGGUAUUUUUCAAUGAUGUUUAUUCCAUUUGUGAGAAUGAUGAUUCAACAUUAUUGAAAUUACCAUGUUAUAAAAAUGUAUCGUUAACAACAUUACGUAAAUCAGCAUUACGUACAUUGUCCGCUUGUCAACAUUUGAAAGCAAUGUCGCAUAAAAUAUUCAAUGUUCUCUAUAAAGCAUUGAUAUCACCGGAUACUGAACUACAAGAAUGUGCAUAUGAUUGUAUGAAGAAAUAUAAAUAUCUGAAUGAUGUGAAUCCAGAAGUGAUCCGAAAUACAGUGAGAAGUUUUUUGAUCAACAUCAGUGAAAUACGUGUAUUAUCGCCAAAAGAUCAUCUACUCAUACAAAGGCUUAAAAAUUUGGCUCGUUUAUUUGCAUAUUUAUUCAAUGAUAAAUUGUGUGAAUUAAUGUUUCAACAUUUAAAUCGUUGUACAGAUGUUUGUUGUCAAUAUCUUCGACGGCAACGAAAAGAAUAUGAAUUUCGUAUAAAAUCUCAACAACAACAACAACAGCAGCAACAACAACAACAACAAUCUGAACAACAACAACAACAGCAAUCAGAAUUGCUUAAAUCAAGUCAAAUCAAUAUAGAGAAUCAGAUUCCAUUAUAUCUAAAUCUUGGUGUGGAUAUCAUCUAUUUGUUUUGUGAGAUUUCUGCUGCCGAUGUUAGUUAUGUGGAAUUAUUAUUGAAUCAAUUAACGAAAGCUGAAAUAUCAAUGGAUAUCUAUGUAUACAAAACGUAUUAUAAACCAAUUCAACAUUUUAUGAAACGUUAUCCAAAAGAAGCAAUUGCCCAAAUGGAACAGCGACAAAAUGAAAAACAAAUUUUUCGUUUUUUCCUAUACAUACUGUCUGGUGAUGAAGAAAGUGAUCCAUUUCGUAUGGUUUUGUAUGAAAAUCCAGUACGUUUAAUAUCGAUAUUACAACAAAGUGUUAAAUCAUUACAGCAACAAAAUUCCAAAACGCAAACUGAAUCGACUUCGAUUUCUUCAUUAAUAAUUGGUGGUGCACAACAAUCACAAUCACCACAACAAGUGCCGGCACCAGCAUCAACUAUUGAUGUAACAUCAUCGCCAACACCGUUGGGCAUAAAUUCAUCAUCCAAUUUGAUUGCAUAUCAAAGAUAUCAGGCCAUAAAAAUUGUAUCCAUAUUGGUGAAACAUAAUGCACAAUGGUUGGCCGCACAACCAGAAUUGAUAAAAUCAUUGAAAGCAAUAUGGCUAUGUAAUUCAUUUCAUAUGGAUCAUAAGGAAAAUUAUCAAAUUGAUAGUAAACAAUGGGAAGAGCCACGUUUAUUAGUAAAAUGUUUACUUAGCUAUCUCAAUCAGAAUCAGCAACAAAAACAACAACAAGAAGAAUAUGAAAUUUAUUUUCAAUUAUUACGUGCAUUUAUUGGAAAAUAUCAUUGUGAUUUUGAAUUUUUACGUUUAUUUUUUGCCAAUGAAUUACCGAAUAAUUUCUCUAUCGAAUGGAAACGUAAUGCAUUCAUGAAAUUUUGUGAUUUAUUCAAUUUGGAUCAAACAAAAUUUCAAACAUCGGAUUCUGCAACAACAACAACAACAACAACGACCACAUCGAUAAUGAUGAUGAUGGAAUGGUCACAAGAGUUGAAGGCAAAAAUCCUUCAAUACAUAAUUAUACCGAUAUUUUCAAAUGUAUUUAAAAAUGGACAAAAUGAACAAUUUCUUGGACCACCAAUGGAAGAUGAUACAGCAGUAGUAGUGGCUAGUAAUCAAGAUUUUAAUGCCACAAAAAAUCUAGUAUCGGUUUUCAUCAAUGUUUUGGUAAAAGAAACAUCCGUAUCGGAUUCGAUAAGAAUUUUAGUCAUGCAACUUGGUUGUUUAAUUGUCGAACAUGCAUCCAAUUAUAUACGGCCAUCACAAAUAUCCGAAAAUGAUCGUUUUCCAAAAAGUAAACGUGAAAAUUCUGAAGUUCGCCAAUUAAUGUCAUAUGCAUGGCCAGGUAUGCAUUCAACAAAACGUCAAGAUUCGGUAAAAAAAUAUUAUUGCCAUCUAUUAUUGGCACAUAUUAUAUCGAAAAUAUCGAUACAUAAAAAAAUUAUCAAACAAGUGUUUCUUAGUUUAUUGAAAGCCCAUUAUCAAGAAUCACGUGCGAUUGUUUUCAAUGCUUUGGAAAUAUUGAUACCAGUGUUGCCGCAACGUAUCACUGAUGGUUAUCGUAUGUUACGUCAAUUGACAAAAAAAUUAAUGAUCGAAGAAAGUCAUGUAUCAGCACAAUUUAAUCAUCUAUUACAAAUUGUUGUACGUUAUUAUCGUAUCUAUUAUCCAACUCGUCAUAUUUAUGUACCACAUAUAGUGAAUGCAAUUCAACGUUAUGGUUUAUCACAGAAUUCAGUGAUUGAAUCACGAAAAUUGGCAUUGGAUCUAGUUGAAGUGAUUAUACGUUGGGAACAUGAACGACUUUCAGUGGAACAAAUGGAUAAAUCCUAUAAAUCAACCGAUGUUGAUUCAAGUGAUAGUGAAUCAAGUUUUGAUUCAAAACAAGAACCACAUCAUCAACAUAAUAAAUCAACAAAUCAAGCAACAUCACAACAGCAGCAGCAACAACAACAACAACAACAAGAUACAAUAACUCAAUUAUCACAUGGAUCAAUUGAAAAAGAAUAUUCCGAUGCAAUUCUACAGUUUUUAUUACGUUUUAUUUGUAUGUCACCAGAUUUUAGUGUUACUCCUGGUAGUAGUUUAACACAGAAUUUUUUCCAAUGGAAUGCUUCAACAUUACCGGAAUCACUUUGCCGUCGUGCAUAUUCAUUGCUCAAGGAUGCAUUACAAAAUGAAUUUUGGCAAUUGAAUGAUAUUAAAUUACAUUCAUUAGAACGUAUUCUAAUGUUGGUGGCAAAUAAUGAAAAUUCACCGCAGCCAUUGCCGCAGAAUACUGUCAUACAGAUUUGUCUUGCUUUGGAUCUAUUGAUUUUAUUUCUACAAACAAUGAAACGUGAUUUAGCCAUACAAAUGUUGAUGCCAUUGCAACGAGCAAUUUCCACUUGUUGUACGUGUACAAAUCCAAAAAUCGUUUCUACUGUUCAUAAUUUAUUGGCAAAAAUGAUGUCAAUAGUACCACCAUCAUGUCAUUCGAGUACAAUAUCACCAAAAUGUGGUCAACAGCCAGUAAAAGUUGAUACAUUGGAAACAUUUGAACAACUUUACACUGAUAUUCAUUCAUUAAUUUUAAAUGGAUUUAUGUCUUAUAAUAAAAUUGGACAAUCAUCUGGACAAUCGAUUAUACCUGGUGGUGUUGGUGGUGGUGGUGGUGGUGGUGGUGGCGGUAAUGGUGGUGGUGGUCAAAUGAUGAUUGGUGGAUCGCCAGGAAUGUUACCAAAUCUAAGUAGUUCAACAACAACUUUAUCACAAUUAUUUAGUGUUUUAAUGUGUUUGAAAGCCGCCUGUUUAAAUGAACCAGCAUAUAUUGAUCGGCUAUCGACACCAUUUUUGGUAAUGUUACAAAAACUGGUGAAAGAACAUACAAAUAUACCGGCUACACAAAUUCAACCACCAGAUUUCAAUGCAUCAUUAUGUGCUGACAUUAUUAAUCUUUGUCUUGAAUUAAUCAAAAAUCGUAUUGCAUUCGCCAAUCCCGAAACACGAAGAACAUUGAUCAAUAGUGUAUUUUUCAUUUUGAUUGAAAAAUCACCUGAAGUUAAAGUGAUGAAAACAUUAUUGAAAAUAUUUGAAGAAUGGAUCAAACAACCAUUAUCAGCUGGAUCAACUAAUUCCGUUAGUGGUAGUGGCGGCGGCGGCGGUGGUGGUGGUGGUGGUGGUGGUCGAUCCACCAAUACAGGAAAUUCACAAACAUCAAUGGUUUCAAUGUUGAGAGAUAAAACAGCACUUGUAUUACGUAUUGGACAUAAUAUUGAAAAACGUUUUGCCGAUGAUAUUGAAUUGAAUAAUCAAUAUUUAGAACUGAUCCACUACAUUUAUUCGGAUGAUGCAUUGAAAACACAUGAUAUUGCAACGAAAUUGGAAUUUGCAUUUAUGGCCGGUCUUCGUUGUCAGCAGCCACAAAUACGGCAAAAAUUUUUCCAAUUACUUGAUUCAAGUCUACGAAAACGUCUAUAUGAUCGGUUAUUAUUCAUAACGAAUUCACAAAGUUGGGACACAAUUUGUCUACAUUAUUGGAUCAAACAGGCAAUUGAAUUAAUGUUAGCCACAUCAAAUACGGUGGAAACGUUAAAAACGGCUAAUCAUAAUUCCAAAUUACCAUUGCCAACAGCAUUGGUACCGCUUAGUGAACAUCAAGAUAAAUCAUCACUAUUGACUAGUUUUGUAUCCAAUGGUUUGAAUUGUACACCAACCGAUAUGUUGAUGAAUAUGGAAUUGAUGAAUUAUUCACAGAAUUAUAAUAACAUUAAUGUAAACAAUAACAAUAGCCAAAAUAAUGUCGAAUUGAUGGAUGUUUGCCAUACGGAUGGUAAAAAACAUGAUGAAAAUUUUCUUAACGAUAUAUUCAAUGAUCAAACAUCGAAUAAUACUACAUCUUCUGUGGAUGGUGGUGGCACCAAACAACAAGAUAAAUCAAAAGAUAUUGUCGAAAUUGUUUGCAAUUUUCUUCAAUCAAAUCAUAAUUAUAAAGCAUCACCAUUUUUCAAUGCAAUUGCACAACUAUGUCAUCUGGAUAGUGAAUUAGCACAUCAUAUAUGGAUACAGCUAUUUCCACGUAUAUAUUCCAUAUUGAAUGAACGACAACAAAUGAUGAUAGCUUGUGAAUUGGCACCAUUUUUUGUUUCCGGUGUUCACACUUAUCAACGUGAAAUUCCUUAUAGUGCAGUGAAUACAUUUUUUGAAGCAGUAUCAUAUUGUGAACCAUCGAUAAAAUUUCGUCCAUCAAUAUUACGUUAUUUGAGUAGAAAUCAUAAUCUUUGGCAUCGUGCUUCACUAUUAUUGGAAAUGGAAAUGGAUAAUGCUUUUUCCACUAGAUCGGCAUUCGGUUUAGGUGGUUUAAUUACAAAUGAAAUUGCUAAUCAAUCAACAACAACAACAGCCACAAUGUCAACGAUAAAUACACCGAAACAUACACGUAAUAGUAGUAGUAGUAAUAGUGUUGUAUCAUCAUCACAAUUAAAUGGUGGUAUUGUUGGUGAUAAACAUCAACAUUCAACUAAUAAUAGUAUGAAUUCAUUAUCAGCAAAUAUUAAUGAUCUUUUACCGACCGAAUUACCAUCAUCAAUGAAUCAACCAUAUAAUCAUGAAUGUAUGUCUGCAUUGGCAAAUAUUUAUGAAACAUUGAAAGAACAAGAUUAUUGGUCUGGUGUUUGGCAUAAAAAAUCAUAUUAUAAAGAAACUUUGAUCGCCAUUGCAUAUGAACAGCAAGGAUUUUUUGAACAAGCUAAAGGUGCAUAUGAAUUGGCAAUGAGUAAAGGCCAGAAUGAAUAUAACAAUACACCGAUACCAUUAUGGCUUAAUGAAGAAUAUCUAAUUUGGGAAUCACAUUGGAUACGUUGUUCAAAAGAAUUGAAUCAAUGGGAUUUUUUAAAAGAUUAUGGUAAUUCAUUAGAAUUGCCAAAUCCAUUAUUGGUAUUGGAAUCAGCAUGGCGUAUACCGGAUUGGGAUUCAAUGAAUAUGGCCGUUACUUGUGUGGAACAAAAUCUGCCAAAAGAUUUUGCAUGGAAAUUGGCAUUAUAUAAAGGUUAUAAUGCCAUUUGUAAUCCAAAUCAUCGUGAUAUGGAUACAGCUGAACGUAUGGUUGAAGUGGCAACAAAUUUUUUAUUAAAAGAAUGGCGUAAAUUACCGAAAAUUGUUUCAUCAGCACAUAUUAAUAUAUUACAAGGUGCACAUCAGGUUAUCGAAUUGAAUGAAGCACAUAAUUUGAAUCACAUUUUAUAUAAUACAAUCGGUCCAUAUCAAAAUGAUAGAUCACCAUAUGAAUUGAGAAGUUUAAUUAAAACAUGGAAAAAUCGUCUGCCAAUUGUUGCCGAUGAUUUAUCACAUUGGAGCGAUAUAUUCACAUGGCGACAACAUCAUUAUCAAAUGAUUGUAUCAAGAUUUGAACAAGAAAAUAAAUUACAACAACAACAAGGUAAUCAACCAUCACAAGCAGCAUCAUCGAAUAUAUUAUGUGGUGCACAUGCAUCUGCUCAAUCGUUGAUACAUUUGGCAAAAGUGGCACGUAAACAUUUCCUAAUGAAUGUUUCAUUAGAUCAAUUGAAUCGUAUCCACACAAUACCAAAAGUACCGAUUAUUGAUUGUUUUCAAAAAAUUCGUCAACAAUUAAAAUGUAAUCUAUUGAAACAUUCUAUGCAGCCAACUGGUGAAGAAUUACAGGAAGCAAUGUCCGUCAUUGAUUGUACACAUUUACAUUUUUUCAAUAAUGAAAUGAUUGCCGAAAUUAUUGCCAUCAAAGGUUUUGUAUUGAUGAAAAUGGAUCGUAUGGAUGAGGCGAAUAAAAAUUUUUCAGCAUCAUUACAAAUAUCCGAUACGGUGGUAAAAUCAUGGGCAAUGUGGGGUGAAUUUCAUUAUGAAUUAUUCACCAGAACGGCACAUGAAUCAUUUGGACAACGUAACAUUCAGGAUGGUAAAAAUGCAAUCAUUUCAUUUUUACAUGCUUCACGUCAUCAAAGUGAUUCGAAAACCAGAAAAUAUUUAUCACAAGUAUUGUGGCUACUAUCGUAUGAUAAAGAUCAACAAUUAGCACAAGCAGUGGAACAAUAUAAUACCGGUGUACCGCCAUGUAAUUGGGUACCAUGGAUUCAACAAUUACUUCAUUGUCUAGUUCGAUCGGAAGGUCAUCAUAUGUUGACCAUACUAUCACAAAUUAGUAAACUAUUUCCAGAAGCUGUUUAUUUCCCAACACGAACGUUAUAUCUUUCAUUACGUUUAGAACAACGUGAAAUGAAAUAUAAAUUCAGUGUAUUCUCAUCAGCAGUUGGCAUAAAUCAAUCAUCAACAAACAAUAUGAAUCAACAACAAUCCACUGAUCCAAUUCAAGCAUCAUCAGCAACAUGGCGUUGUACACGUAUUAUGCAUCAUCAACGUGAAUUGCAUCCAACUUUGUUGACAUCGAUUGAAGGUAUAUUGGAUCAAAUGUCAUGGUUUCGUGAAAAUUGGUUUGAAGAAAUAUUACGACAAUUGCGGCAAGCAUUGGCCAAAUGUUAUACAAUUGCAUUUGAAAAUCGUGAUAAUGUAGCUGAAACAAUAACAUCGAAUCAUACAUUGAGCUACAUUCGAAAAUUGGUCACAACGUUUGGUAUUGGAAUCGAUAAUGCUACCUGUAGUGGUGGUGGUAGUCAAUCAUCAUCACAAUCAUCAACAACUACGAAUACGUCAAGUAAUUAUUCAUCAGGUGGUAGUGGUACCACGAAUAAUGAUUCAAAUCAAUCGACAACGAAUAAACAACCGGGAAAUAUUCGUACAUCCAAUACAACGGCAUCGGAAACAUUGGCUCGUCGUGCACAAUCAACAGUGCAGGAUCCAGAUUUUCAAAAAAUGAAACAACAAUUUGCCAAUGAUUUUGAUUUCAGUGUUCAAGGUUCACAUAAAUUACAUAAUCUUAUUGUGAAAUUUAAAAAAUGGAUCAAAAUAUUGGAAGCUAAAACCAAAUUGUUGCCUAAAUCAUGGUUACUUGAAGAAAAAUGUCGUUAUCUAAGUAAUUUUUCCAAUCAAAUUGUUGAAGUAGCAUUACCAGGUGAAUAUUUUCUUCCAAAAUUGAAUGCAAUGUGUAUCGUACAUAUUGCACGUUUUAUGCCACGUGUUGAAAUUAUAACCAAACAUAAUACUACUGCACGUCGUCUUUAUAUUCGUGGACAUAAUGGUAAAAUAUAUCCAUAUCUUGUAUUGAAUGAUUCAUCAUUAAGUGAAGUAAGACGUGAAGAACGAUUCUUACAUUUGUUGCGUUUGUUAAAUCUGUAUCUAUCGAAACAUAAAGAAACGGCACGUCGUGUUAUUAGUUUUACCGUUCCACGUGUAGUACCAAUACAUGGACAGAUGCGUUUUGUUGAAGAUAAUGUAUCAUCAUUAUCAUUGAUUGAAAUCUAUAAACAACAUAUGAUACGACGUGGAUCGGAUCCAGAUGCACCGAUAGCUAAAUAUUAUGAUCGAUUACUUAGUCUACAAACCAAAGGAUCACAAGUUACACUUUCACAAUUGAAAGAUAUUAUUGCCGAUAUACAAUCAUCGAUGGCGCCUAAAACAUUGCUUAAAGAAUGGGCAUUACAAACAUUUUCAACGGCAACAGAAUUUUGGCAUUUUCGUAAAUUAUUCACAUUACAAUUAGCCACGGCUGGUCUUUCUGAAUUUGCUUUCCAUCUAACACGAUUGAAUCCAGAUAUGAUGUACAUACAUCGUGAUAGUGGUCUAAUCAAUAUUGCUUAUUAUCGUUUUGAUUUGAAUGAAGAAAGUGGUGAAUUAAUUAGCAAUCAACCAGUGCCAUUCCGUAUGACACAUAGUGUACAGAAUUUGAUCACUGAAAUCGGUAUACAUGGACCACUUACGGCAACAAUGAUUUCAUCUGCAAGUUGUUUAGUAUAUCCAAAUUAUAAAGUACGUUCAAUAUUGUUGGCCAUAUUACGUGAUGAAAUUAUUAAUUGGCAUAAACGAAUUAAAUCGAGUGAAAAAAUGGCAUUAAUAACAGCGGCAAUGACUGCUGUAGCUAAUAAUCAAACGGCUAAAAAUUUAUAUCAAAAUCUAAAAGAUGAUUCCAGUAUGGACACUAAUAAUAAUAAUGAUCAACAGCAACGAAAUCAGCAGCAGCAACAGCAACAAUUUACUCAACAACAAUUGGCCGAUGUAAUCAAUUCACCAAAUAUGAAUGAAAUACCUGAAAUGGGUGGUGAAGAAUUGGUUAAUCUGGUUACAAAGGCAGCCAAUGCUAUCAUGUCACGAUUACAAAGUCUUGCCACAUUUGAUGGAGCCGAAAGUAAUGUUGCCACAUUGAUUAAUGCAGCAAUUAAUCCGGAUAAUCUUUGCUGUAUGGAUCCUGCUUGGCAUCCUUGGCUUUAAUUUAAAUCAAAAAAAAGAAAAAAAUGUACAGAUAUUUUUGUUACCUAAUUUUAUCGAUUAUCGACUAAUCAUUUGUCAAAUAAUUCACUCAAAAAUUCACUUUCAUCUUUUUUUUCGGACGUAAAUAAAAAAAAAAUUUAAAAAAAAA